AUGUUUGGGGAAAGCUUCGAAGAUAUCUCGCCGGAUCUUCAACGACCAAUUUUGUGCCAAAGGUGUCAAAGUGUAACAGAUGUCCCCGAUGUUCGCCCAUUCCGCACAGUCGAACCUCGAUUUCUCCGUAGCGAUUACAUACCUUCCCUGGUUGAGAUGUCAGAGUUAAAAGAUGUGUUGGAGCAAGGAAAGAGAGAGCUCAAGCGUUAUGAAGAGGAUAUAGCAGUGUUGCGACAAAUACAUGAGCGGUUGGAAAACAAAAAGAGUGCCGUGGAGAAGACGACCAGGCAAUGUCGGACUGCUAUUUCUGCUCAACGGAGGGUACCCGCGGAGAUCUGGGAGAUGAUUUUCUCCAUGAUAUGCUUGUCGCUUUGCGAAUAUUCAUUCAAAGUCAACUACUACUGCUCGGAUUCUCCGCUCCUUGGACUCCCUGCCACCAUUAUAUCUCAAGUCUGCUCCCAUUGGAGGACCAUUGCUAAGGCAUCAUCCAAGCUUUGGUCUUCCAUCAACGUCACUCUCUCAGAACCACCUUAUAACGUCGCCUUACCUCUCGAGAUCUAUUUUUCGAAUUCAGGAGAUUAUCCUUUGAAACUACGAAUUGGAGGCGAUGGAGCUGUCACAGACUCGUCAUGGGGUGUGGCUUUAUGGGAAUCAUUAUCCAGACACAUGCACAGAAGCCGGGAACUUACAAUGGCGAUGAAUAACUAUGCAGAUAUUGGAGAUCCCACCCCUUUUCAAAGAUUGACCUUUCUUAAUCUUGAAUCGUAUCACGAGGAAUGUUUGCAGCCCGAUAACUCGGUCUGGCCCCGGUUCUGGCCAGCCAUUCAGAAGUCAACAAAACUCGCCGUGGUCUCUAGCUACCUCGUAAAUCGUGCCAUACCCUUUUCUCAGCUGACAACUUGGGAAAUUCAAAUUAUCGAGUGUCCUGAUGACAUGGAUGACUUCCUCGAUGUUGCAUGGAGUUGUAUGGCCCUCAAAUCCCUUACGUUGUCAAAUGUCUCACAUAUUGGUACCAGCUUCCCGGUGGCUGUUCGAGAGGUCAAUUUGCCUUCCCUUCGUGGUUUAUCAGUUAAGACCUAUUGGGACGAUUACAGCUGGUUGCCCAGUAUCUUUGGCUCCCUCGUCAUGCUCUCCCUCGAAAUAUGUCAUAUCCAUCAUUAUGCGUGGCCUCUACCUUCUGCGUUACUCGACAUGGUUCGACGAUCCUCGACCUCGCUCAAACAAUUAAGGCUCACACUAAUGGAUGACUGGGAUGCAAAAUCAUCUAGGGAUCCACUUCUGCUCGAUAUCUUGCAAGCUGUCCCCAAAUUGACUCAUUUUGAGUUAACCUUGGGCAGAGUGUCGAUUGAGGAAAUCAAGCCCUACAACCCAUUUAUUGAUGACAUUAUCUCCGCUCUCCUUUCCAAAUUCGAAGACGAAUCUCCUGACUUUUUCCUCCCACAACUUCAUUAUUUCUCUCUCGUAGUUCCGUGUGCCACACUGAACACGGAACUCGUGAAGCGCAUACUGCAGGUGGUGUCUGCAAGGCAGUGUUCAUCCCAUCCUUUGGCGGAGUUUCACUUCGUGCGUCGUUAUGAGGGCUUGCAAUUCAAGUCGGAGAGAUUUGUCAUGGAACGAGAACUGCUCGAAAGAAUAAGAAUGCUUGAGGAGGGUCGCGUCAAGGUCGUUAUUCAGGACUAUGACCCCUGA